UUUGUUAAAAGGGUGACUGGCCCACUCGCUCUCUUUGAAAUCGAAAUAAGCAGCGUUUCAUUGCAAAACAGGACAACGCAGUCACUCAGUGGUCACCAACGUUAGCUAGCUAGAUACCCAGCGAGAUCACAGCUAAUGCUAGUUUGCUAUUGUCAAGUGUGUUAGCAGCAGCCUGUUAGCCGCUUGAGGAGGUAGCAGCAGGAUAACUUGACAGAAACUUCUGGAAACAGUAUUCUGCUAAUGACUGAAAAAGAGGAGACCAUGGCCGCCUCUGAUACCCAUGACAGUACGCCAUCAGCGAAGAAUGGACGAACCUCGUUGCUGGACAGCGGGGAGGACUUUGAGGUUUUAGAUGAAGAAGACAUUAACGACGACCCCCCUCCUCUGGAAGAUGCCGGUGGAGGGAAGCGGGGAAACACGGAUGACUCUGACAAGAGAAGUGCAGACACAGAUCCAGACCCUCCAGGUCAAAUCGAUGAAUGGCUGGAUGUUUUAGGUAACGACCAGCUAAAGAAAAAAGUCCUGGAGGCAGGGGAAGGGAGAAAUACUCGGCCACAGAAAGGACAGAAUGUCAAGAUUCAUCUUAAGACCUACCUGAAGGAUGGGACACGGGUAGAGGAGCAGUCUGACCUCGCUUUCACUCUGGGAGAUGGUGAUGUUAUUCAGGCUCUGGAUCUCACAGUGCAGCUCAUGGAAAUGGGAGAGAAGGCUCUCGUCCAGACAGAUGCAAAAUAUGCAUAUGGUACCCGCGGGAGUCUUGAACCAGAGGUCCCCCCCAAUGCUGAGUUGUCCCUAGAAGUGGAACUGCUGGAGUCUACUGAUGCUCCAGACCUGGAGCUGCUGCCCCCUGCAGAAAAGAUUGCCCUUGCCAGCCAUAAGAGAGAGAGGGGCAACGUUCAUUAUCAGCGUGGGGACUACGCUUUUGCUGUCAACUCAUAUAGCAUUGCGCUGCAGAUAACAGAGUCUAGUUCUAAAGUUGACAUUAGUCCUGAGGAGGAGAAUGAGCUGAUGGAUGUGAAAGUGAAGUGUUUGAACAACAUGGCUGCUUCUCAGCUGAAAUUGGACCACUAUGAUGCAGCACUUAAGUCUUGUGUCUCAGCUCUUGCACACCAGCCAGAGAACAUAAAAGCACUUUUCCGCAUGGGCAAGGUAUUGGCCUUGCAAGGUGAAUACACAGAAGCCAUUCAGACUUUGAGGAAGGCACUGAAGUUGGAACCAAGCAACAAGACUAUCCAUGCAGAGCUCUCCAAAUUGGUGAAGAAGCACUCGGAGCAGAGAGGAGCAGAGCAGGCCAUGUACAAGAAGAUGCUGGGUAACCCCACUAUUAGCAGCAGCGCACAGAAACACCGGGCCAAGUCUUCAUGGGGUCUCAGCUGGAAGUGGCUAUUCGGUGCCACUGCAGUAGCCAUUGGUGGUGUAGCAUUAUCCGUUGUCAUAGCUGCUAGAAACUGAACCAAACCUGUAGUGAUAGCCUGACCAAGGACCUGCAAUGUGAGCCUAAACACAGAAGCAUAUCUGGCAGUGCCUUCUGACCUUUGGUCAAAGGGGGUGGAAGUGUCAGUUGGUCAGUUGCCUCUUCACUGUCACCCUCCUUUCUCUGCUAUGUUUGAGAAGUAUAUGUGACAAAUAAUAAAACAUCAAUAUUUGCAUAUGGGAAAUAUAUUUCCAACCUUAUAAAUGUGUAGGAUUGUGCAUAUCUGUCACAUUGCCAGACACUGUUUUCUUUUGCUGCCAAUUGUUUUUGUCUUUGGUAAUUGAUGUUUGAAAUUGAUUAUUUUAGCAUUGACACAAAUAAUUAUUUACCAUAGAUUCAAAUAAAAGCUAUUUAUAAAAUAUUUUUCCCAUUAAAAAUUCUUUGUGAUAUAGUCCUAUGAUAUGCUAUAGUUGUAAAGUGUCAGAUUGUGCAGUUAAAUUAAUACUUCUUAUUUCCACAGAGAACACGUGAUUUUACUUUGUUUUAAAUAUACAAUUUUACAUAUCAACUGUUGUGAUCCAGAUGCUCUAAUAUUCGAGGUUCACACACUUGCAAGAUAAUUUGCUUGUGUGUAAGCUCUCUCACCCUUUUUAAAGACUCUACUCAUACACUUAGUGACCAGAAAAAUAGAAAGACCUGUACAGUGUAAUGCAAUGCAACAGUCCUGCAAGAUAUACUACCUUACUUAAAGUUUUCAGUUGUUGUUGACACAAUUUCUUAAGUUGUUUGUGUGUUAAGUCAGUUCCAUGGUGUGUAUUUAGGCUGAGGUUUGUGCUUUUGUUACACUAAAAGGUGUUCCUAGAAUUGUAUCCACUUCAUUAACAUAUGGAGGAGCAAAAACAUCAGAGAGACCUCACAACAUAAUGCAGUUAACUGAAACACAAUAAAUGACAGCCUCAAAAAGUACCAUGGAAUUUAAUCAGCACCUGUCUGACACAACCAACAAAAAACAACGGUAGCAUAUAAAUAUACAGGACUGCUGUAUUGGACUGGAAUUCAAUGCUUCUGUGCUCUUGGUCACUCAUGUAUAUGUACAUUAAAGCAUCAGCUAAAUUAGAUAUACUGUACUUUCUGUUCAGCAUUCCUUAAAUGACUAAUUUUAUGUAGAUAGAGGUGCAGUUAUUACCUUUAAGACAAGGUCAGAGAAUGGUACAUAGUUUUUCAGUGAUGUGGCUAUGAAUAGUACUGAAAAAGAGUUUUGUUUUUUUGAUUUUCUUUUUUAAAUCUACUUUCAGUCAAAUACACCUCAACCUUUGAUGAUUAAGACCAAAUGCUGAAGGAUGACCCUUCAAUUACAAUGUUGGGUGUGUAUAUAUAUAUUUUUCUCCCCUACAUUUUUUUGCCUGUGAAAUUUUCCUUAAAUUACACUCCUUUAGGUGUUUAUAUAUUACUGUUUUGGCUCUUCACUUUCUUACAUACAGUUAAUGUGACACCACCAAAUCUGUGGCUUCUUCAGAGUAGUUGGUAGUCCUACAGAGCCAAAAGUUGCAUAAACUCUUAAUGACAAACACAAUUAUCAUAAAAGUUCCUGGCAUUCCCUGCAUUUGUUAAUUUUAUAUUCA